UUGCACGCGCGGCCUCGCGGUACCCGGUUCCUGGGGUGCCAGUACGGCCACAAUGGCGGCAGCCAUCCUGCUGCGCGCGACGCCGCGCUUCAGCGGUGUGUGCGCCGGCUCGACCCCACUAUUGCAGGGUCUGCUGCGGCCGCAGAAGACCCUGGCAUUGUCCCUCUUGUGCCGCGGCCUGGCGGUGGAGGCCAAGAAGACCUACGUGCGCGACAAGCCCCAUGUGAACGUGGGUACCAUCGGCCAUGUGGAUCACGGCAAGACCACACUGACCGCGGCCAUCACGAAGAUUCUAGCUGAGGGAGGUGGGGCUAAAUUCAAGAAGUACGAGGAAAUUGACAAUGCCCCGGAGGAGCGAGCUCGGGGGAUCACAAUCAACGCAGCCCAUGUGGAAUACAGCACUGCUGCCCGCCACUAUGCCCACACAGACUGCCCGGGCCACGCAGACUAUGUUAAGAAUAUGAUCACAGGCACUGCUCCCCUUGAUGGCUGCAUCUUGGUGGUGGCAGCCAAUGAUGGCCCCAUGCCCCAGACCCGAGAGCACUUAUUACUGGCCAAACAGAUUGGGGUAGAGCAUAUUGUGGUGUAUGUGAACAAGGCAGACGCUGUCCAGGACUCUGAGAUGGUAGAGCUGGUUGAGCUGGAGAUCCGGGAACUGCUCACUGAGUUUGGCUACAAAGGGGAGGAGACCCCAGUCAUCAUAGGCUCUGCUCUCUGUGCCCUUGAGCAACGUGACCCUGAGCUAGGCGUGAAGUCUGUGCAGAAGCUGCUGGAUGCUGUGGACACCUACAUCCCGGUGCCCACCCGCGACCUGGAGAAGCCUUUCCUGCUGCCUGUAGAGUCAGUUUACUCUAUCCCUGGCCGGGGCACCGUGGUGACAGGCACGCUGGAGCGUGGGGUUUUGAAGAAGGGAGACGAGUGUGAGUUCCUGGGACAUAGCAAGAACAUUCACACUGUGGUGACAGGCAUUGAGAUGUUCCACAAGAGCCUAGAGAGAGCAGAGGCAGGGGAUAACCUCGGGGCCCUGGUCCGAGGCUUGAAGCGGGAGGACCUGAGGCGUGGCCUGGUCAUGGCCAAGCCAGGUUCCAUCCAAACCCACCAGAAGGUGGAGGCCCAGGUAUACAUCCUCAGCAAGGAGGAGGGUGGCCGCCACAAGCCCUUUGUAUCCCACUUCAUGCCUGUCAUGUUCUCCCUGACUUGGGACAUGGCCUGCCGUGUCAUCCUGCCUCCAGGGAAGGAGCUUGCCAUGCCCGGGGAGGACCUGAAGCUCAGUCUAAUCUUGCGGCAGCCAAUGAUCUUAGAGAAAGGCCAGCGUUUCACCCUGCGAGAUGGCAACCGGACCAUUGGCACCGGCCUGGUCACUGACACAUCGGCCAUGACCGAGGAAGACAAAAACAUCAAGUGGAGUUGAGGGUGCGGACCUCUGCUUAGGUUCUCUUGCAGUUAAGAGUUGUCCUGGCCAGUGUUCCCUCCUGCUUCUGGUGCCUCCCUCAGGGCAUAAGCUGCAACCCAGCAGAGUUCAGCUAGACGGACACUUCCCCUGGGCAGAAGGGGUGGCCUGCCAGAUAAGGCAGGCCAAUAAACUGUUCUGUGAAUAGUAAGUUA